CCAGCUUAGACAUGUGACAAUAUAAAUCUCUGGCUCCUCUCUCUUUCUUCUCAUUUUUCUUCCUUUUCGAGCUAUUUUCGGAGUAGAAUCCUCCCUCUUUCCUUCUCUCUGUGGAAUUCAUGUCGGAAAAAGCAAGUGGAGUAUGAUCAAAGGGGGGAGCAUCCAAGAAAGCAUGAACAUACAAACCCUCUUGAAGACUUAAAUGCAUGGAAGGGGGAGUGUUCAAAGGAGUGGUAUUGUAGUCGUAUGUUUAGUGUAUGCUCCUUCCACAUCAGCGGACGAAGCUUGUUGUUGGACUGCAGGAUGGUGAGCGGCUCAUGGAGUUCACGAGCAAGGUUGAGGGUGCUUCCAAGUCCAAGUCAAAGUCAGCCAAGCACCCUGAGAAGGGUAAAGCAGGAUAAGGGCCGACCGUUACCGAAGUUUGGUGAAUGGGACGUCAAUGACCCUGCUUCAGCAGAGGGGUUCACUGUGAUCUUCAACAAAGCCAGAGAUGAGAGGAAGACGGGUGGCAAUACCCGUGGGCCUGAAUCACCAGGGAAGGAUGACACCUCCUUUAAACAGGGAGGUUACACCCAGAAACCUAAUACUAAAAAAUGGUUUUGCUGCAUUCAACCCAGUUCUGCUGAGUCUUGAUAAUGCGGCUUCCCCGGAUUCCAAAAGCUUGUAGCAGGGUUGAGCGAUGUUGCCAGAAGUCUGAAGCAUGGUUAUAGAAAGCCAUGGCGGGUUCCGUCAUUUGGUGUGCUGAAACUGCAUUUUAUGAAAAGAAAAAAAGUGGGGAGGGGUGUGAUUUUCUGAUGUAUAUUUUAUAUAUACUUGGUGUCAUUACAAGAUGAGGUCUGUUUCCCUUUUUCCCAUCGUAUUCUCUCGACAUACCUAUCUAUUUGUAUUACUGUUGCAAUGUAUUUGUUCUGUACCA